UAUACGGUUGUUCAUAAACAUGAAGGCAGUUUUUUUACUGCCAUUUUUGGUGGCUCUUAGUGUUGGAAAUGUUGUAAAACAACAAGAGAAAGAAUUGGAAUGGUGGGAGACGGCUAUUAUCUACCAAAUUUACCCGAGAUCCUUUGCUGAUAGCGACGGCGAUGGAAUUGGAGAUCUUAAAGGUAUAACUUCAAAGUUGGAAUAUAUCAAAGAGAUUGGCGCUGGCGCUAUAUGGCUUUCGCCGAUAUUUCAAUCUCCGAUGUACGAUUUUGGUUACGAUAUUGCCGAUUUCUACGCUAUUCAUGAUGAAUAUGGUACAAUGGAGGACUUCGAUGAACUACUUGAGAAAGCUAAUGAACUUGAUAUCAAAAUAGUAUUGGAUCUUGUACCCAAUCACACAUCAAACGAGAGCGUCUGGUUCCAAGAAGCUCUUAACGGCAAUGAAAAGUAUAUUGACUAUUUUGUCUGGGAAGAUGGAAUUGUUGACGAAAAUGGAAAUAGGCAACCACCUAAUAAUUGGCGAAGCCAUUUUCGAGGAAGUGCCUGGGAAUAUAGAGAAGAAGUGGGCAAAUAUUAUUUGCACCAAUUCGUUGUUGGACAACCUGAUUUGAAUUAUCGCAACCCAGACGUUAUUGAAGAAAUGAAAGAUAUCAUUCGUUUUUGGUUGAACAAAGGCGUGGCUGGAUUUAGAGUUGAUGCUGUUAACUGUCUGUUUGAAGUAGACAAAGCUCUUUUUAAUGGAAUAUAUCCAGACGAGCCUAUGUCUGGUAGAACUGACGUUGAUCCCGAAUCACAUGACUACUUGAGCCACAUUUACACAAAAGAUCAAGAUGAAACUUAUUACAUGGUUUACGAAUGGAGAGAUAUAUUUGACGAGUACACUGAAAAAGAUGGUCUUCCUAGAGUUAUGAUGACAGAGGUAUAUGCGUCUAUUCAAAAUGUGGUCAGGUACUUCGGAGAAGGGGAUAAAGAAGGUGCUCAAAUGCCAUUUAACUUUGAUUUGAUUACUGAUGUGGAUGCUUCAUCUAGUGCUGCCGAUAUCAAACGAGCCGUUGAUAAGUUUUUAACUUAUAAACCCGUUCAUAAAAAUGCUAAUUGGGUGGUAGGUAACCAUGACAACAGCAGAAUGGCGACACGAUAUGGACCUUUGUUAGUGGAUGGCAUCAACAUGAUUGUGUUGUUACUCCCCGGCGUCGGAGUUACGUAUAUGGGAGAAGAAAUCGGCAUGGUUGAUGGUUAUGUAAGUUGGGAAGAUACUGUAGAUCCAUCAGGGUGCAAUACUAAUGACCCUAUUAACUACGUCAUCUCUUCAAGAGAUCCAGAGCGAACACCAUUCCAAUGGAAUUCUGAGAGGAAUUCAGGAUUUUCUACUGCUGACAAAACUUGGUUACCUGUCGCUGAGGGCUAUGAAUCUUUGAACGUGGAAAAUCAGAAGGUUGCUGAGAGAUCUCACAUAAAAGUCUAUCAAGCUUUAGCUGAUUUGCGCAAGGACAAGGCAUUCCAAUAUGGUCGAUAUGACUCUUUGGCUCUAAACAAUGAUGUUUUUGUAUUUAGAAGAUGGUACAACGGAGAGACGUUCAUAGUAGUGGUUAAUAUGCGGGACGCAGAGUACGUUGUUGACUUGACGUAUUUCGAGAAUGUUAGCGGUGAGGCCACUGUCGUCAUAACGAGCAUCCAAUCUCCUAAAGAGGGAGGAGACGUCUUCGAUGUGUCAGCGCUGCCAGUGGCGGGAUAUGAAGGCAUCGUUUUAAGAUUAAUAUAAUAAUUGAUCGAAGUUGUAUGUUUUUUUUGUAAAUAUAUAUACUUGACCAUU